GUGCUGGGCUCUAUCUGUGCACGUGGCUGAAAGACUUUAAAACAAAUCUUUAGAAAUGAGUUUCCAUUUCAAUAGUCAAUUUCCACUUAGAGACCGGUCAGAGAGAUUCUAUCCAUGACCGUGAGUGCAACCUGGGGCAUCAUUGGACAGCAUCAUGAUGCUUGCACGCCCGUGCUUUGCAAACUUACAGAAAGACGUAGCUGCCUCACUCCUCCGGGCAUAUUGUGUUCGGUAUAAAAAGGAGCACACGGACAACAUGAAAGCUGGAGGAUGCGCGAGGAGAGGGUCGCGCUACAACCGGUGCUUUAAUUGCACGGCACCGUACCUACAUCCCUGAGACGUCCCUUGGACCACUGUCCAUAUCCAUGGAUGAAUACUUUUAUGUUCAUAUAUGUAACAUUUUUUUGAAUGACCUAGCGACUUUUUCAGAAGCACCUUUGGAUAAAUGCUUGGUCUGCAUAGACAACUGGACGAGCGCGCAUUGUUCAUCAUAAUGUAGACAGUGUUACUUUUGCAAAGAAUUCUUAGACAUUUGUAUGAUAUUAAUGUCGCCAAUUGAAUCCACAUAGUAUCAGCAUAGCAGUUAUUGUCACGCAAAUGCUUUUCCGGAGAGCCAGGGAGAUUUAACCAGUAAUAUGUGGUUUAUUCACUGAUCUCCGUUAACUGUCAGUGGACAUAUUGCAGACUCUACCUUUUGCAGAACCUGACCUCGCCUGGAAGCAUGGAGUCUUUUGUCUUGUCAGUGAACGGGGUUUCUUUCACCGAAGCUACGGAGAAAUUCGAACCCGAGAAUCCGUUCGAAGGACCCCUCUCAUACGUUUCGCCAUGGACCUAUACUUUUUUGGCGUGCUUAAUGUUCCUUGUGACCUCGCUUUCCCUCUCUGAGAACUUCACCGUUAUGCUGGUGACUUUUAAAUACAAGCAGCUUAGGAAACCCUUAAAUUAUAUAAUCGUAAACUUAUCCGUUGCAGAUUUUUUUGUGUCACUCAUUGGAGGGUCCAUAAGUUUUCUAAACAACGCAAAUGGCUACUUUGUCCUGGGCAACUGGGCUUGCGUCACAGAAGGAUUCGCCGUCACAUAUCUGGGUAUAGUGGCUCUGUGGUCUUUGGCCAUUCUGGCUUUCGAGCGCUUCUUUGUCAUCUGCCGACCGCUAAAGAACGUGCGUCUUGGGGGAAAGCAUGCCGCUUUGGGUCUCCUCUUUGUCUGGACCUUCUCGUUCAUCUGGACCAUCCCACCGGUGCUAGGCUGGAACAGCUACACAGUCAGCAAGAUUGGAACCACCUGUGAACCUAAUUGGUACUCGACUGACUACAAAGACCAUAUGUUCAUCAUUACCUUCUUUACCACCUGCUUCAUCCUGCCCCUGGGAGUGAUUAUCGGCUCUUAUGGCAAGCUCAUGCAGAAGCUCAGAAAGGUGUCAAACACCCACGGGCGACUCGGCAGUGCCAGGAAGCCCGACAGGGAGGUGGCACGCAUGGUCAUCGUCAUGAUAAUGGCAUUCAUGAUCGGCUGGGCGCCCUACGCAGUCUUCGCCAUUACGGUCACAGUCUGUCCCACCAUCCAUAUGGACCCCAGGGUGGCUGCAGCCCCUGCCUUCUUUGCCAAGACUGCCGCGGCCUACAACCCAAUCAUCUAUGUGUUCAUGAACAAGCAGUUCAGGAAGUGCCUCGUUCACAUGUUCAAGGGUGGCACGGCCAGCCUGGACUCCACUCACAUCAACCAGACGUCGGAGCGCGGCACCACGGCCGAGAGCCACAUGGGGGAGAUGUCCACCAUCGCCGCCCGUGUGCCCCUCUCUGUCUGCAACAUGGAGCGCACGCAGGAGGAGGAUGAAGAUAAUGAAGAUGAGGUGAUGGCUAGAGGGGUGGAGGAGAAGCACAGCGAGAACAACGGCGGAACCAACAAGCUCCCCAUCAACGAGAACAAAGUGUGCCCUCUCUGAACUGAGGGGGGUGGGAGGGGAGAGGAGAGAUAAAUGGUUGCUGCUUUCGCGUAAUUUUGUAACCCUCCCCCCUUUGCCUAAGAACCCUGUUUCUCGAUUAUUAGAACUUCAAGGGCUCUCCUUGGGCCGGUAUUUGUUCCUUCAGAAGCUCUUCACAGUUUUGCUCUGCUAAUUAGCGUUAGCUCCCACAUGUUGAGUUCAGGAGGGGGGUGCAGGUGGUGCACUGCUUUUUGGGAACAAAUACCCCCCAGAAUAAGGUGUGUCAAAAGAGCUAUGUGGAACUAAACAGAGUGCUCCCUACCCCUGAGCAAUGUCUCUCCCUAAAGUGUUGCCUCUUAGCAUAUAGUAUGUAUGCAUGAGAGCGUAUGUGUGAAUGUCCUUUGCGAAUGUCUGUCUCGAUGUCUGUGAGAUCUGUGGUAGAGAAGCUUUUGCGUGUGUGUGUGUGUCUGUGUGUACAUGUGGGAAUGCUAAUGCUGAAUUUGUUGGUAUGCCAAUGUCAGUCCACCCCAAAUACACCUUAUGGGUAAGUAGGAGUUUUUGUUUCAAAGUGUGUGAACAUGUUACCCAGAACAGUGUCUGUGUGUCUUGCUCUUGUAAGCUCAGUGUUUAAAUGGUGUCUCUUAUUGGUGAGUAUUACUGUGUGGUGUCUCUGUUGUGCGGAUAUAUCUCUGGUAGCCCAUUUUGUGUAACCCCCC